AUGGCCCAGCGAAGGAAGCAGGAACGGAAUGGACCAGAGGCGGCGACCCGACAAGUGGACCUGGGUGAGAUGGCCAUCGCCCUGGCCGGGUUGUUAGACUGCCCAGUCUGUUGGGAGAGGGCGACUCCGCCCAUCUCCUUGUGUGUCAAUGGACACAUCGUGUGCCCUAGGUGUAGUGGCAGGGUGGAGCGGUGCCCGACGUGCAGGGGCCUGCUUAAUGGGGGCAGGUGCCUUGCCCUGGAGCAGAUGGUGGGGGUGUUGGCCCAUCCCUGCCGUUAUCACCAACAGGGGUGUAGGGAGUUCCUUUCCCCAGGGGACACGCGGGCCCACGAGAAGCACUGCGCUUUCCGGUCCUGUCCCUGUCCGGUGUUGGACCCGGCUUGCUGGUGGCAGGGCCCCCGAGCAGCAAUUCCCGGCCAUUUGGCUGGGAUGCACCCAGAAAUUGGAGAGGGAGUUUUUUCGUUCCUAAAAAUGUUUCUUUUGGGGUGGCAGCGGCCCCGGCGGAGUUCCUGGGUGGCUUGUCUAGCCUCGGGGCACUGUCAGUUUUUGGCCCAGGUAGUCAAGGAGGAGAGGAAGGAGGGCCAGACUCACACGAUGGUUUAUUUUCUUCUCCGAUCGUUGGGGAAAAAGGAAGACGUAAAGCGAUUUCGUUACGAGAUCCGGUUGGGAGAGNGUGUAACAGAAAUUUAA